AUUAGGUCGGUAUCCACGGUACUGGUAUCAUAUCAUACAAAGAAGGGCGACUCGCAUUUGGUGGAUCGCUUAGGCUGGAAGUCUUAACAGAAUUACCGGACGCCCAUCUUUCGGCUUAUUCAUAGAAAUGCCUCGGAAAGGGAGUCGUAAGGUCAGGACGGGCUGUCUAACCUGCAAAGCACGCAAGGUGAAGUGUGACGAAGGCAAGCCACACUGUAACCGUUGUAUUACCACCGGGCGCGCGUGUAGCGGCUAUGCCACUAAACCGAGCUCGGGACUGCUCUGGAAUCGCCCGCGUCAGCUAUUCCAGAGUAUAGACAGCGCCAGUGAAGGGAGAGCCCUGCAUUUCUUCUGCGAGAAGACGGCCCAGUUUUUAUCAGGGGCUACUGACCCGUACUUCUGGACCCAUCUAGUUAUGCAGUUCAGCAAUUUUGAACCAGCUGUUAGACAUUCUGUCAUAGCCAUAAGUUCGUUGUAUGAACAGUUCCAAGCCGAGGGUGAAAAGUCCCACUCAGGAGUUCAGCUGAGAGAUAACAGCCUUGCGCUGCAGCAUUAUAACGCUGCUAUUCGCGAACUAAAGACAACGAAUAAUCAACCUCUAGUACUAUUAGUCUGCAUUCUUUUCGUAUGCAUCGAAUUUUUACAGUCUAACAAAGAGGCAGCUAUCCAACAUUGCAGACAUGGCAUUGCUCUGCUUGACAAUGCCAAUUACUCCUGGGCGAAAGAACACUUGUUGCCGGUGUUCAGGCGACUAAGUUCUUUCCCUUUCUUCUUUGGGGCGAGGUCUAUUGACUAUCCCGACCUUGUCUCCGUAGAUACCCCCCUUCCAACAUCCUUCGACGACUAUACCGAUGCGGCGUCAGCAAUGGAUUGUUUACAAAGUCGGGCAUUACGUGUUAUACGAUGCGCAGAUUCAUACCGUAUCGGGAACUUACGAUACAAGCCAGUGUCGUCUGACUUGCUAGAAGAGCAGAAGGUGGUUGUAAAUCUCCUAGACGAAUGGCAAGUUUUAUUCAAAGGCCUAGACACUAGGUCGAUGUUACCGACUACACCUACAACAGAGUUGUACAAUUUAGGCAUAGAUUUCAUCAAAGCAAUGUCCCGUGCGAUUCUGCUAGUACGCUACGAGCUCAGUCGAAUCGUGCUAGCCAUAGCCUUUGAGGCCAGCGAGAUGGGUUACGACCAAUACUUGAGCGGUUUUCAGCGAGCACUCGAUCCAUGCUUACUUGUCGACUCCGUGCUUCCCGCUGGAUCUCGAAUGCCAACUACAAAACGCGAACCACAGUUCAUCUUCGAGACAGGCUUCAUAGCGUGGCUUCACCUUAUUGCAACAAAAUGCCGGGUCUUGAGCAUGCGAUUAGAAGCUUUACGCUUAAUAAGAGUGCUUGGAGUUCCACGAGAAAACCUAUGGGAGUUAGAUCAGAUAUAUGCGUUGGCGCGCCGGGUUAUCGAGAUUGAGCACGGUGUCAUACUAAACGACGCCGGGCAACCUGCUACGCCGGUUCAAUAUCCAGGUUUACCACCAGACGAGAGGAGGGUACGAUUUACCAUAAUGGAGCCGAGUUCGUCUAUAUGUGUCGAUUUAAAUGGAAAGGAAGCGCGUGGGUGGACAGCGGGUUUUGUUAUGCGGGACAAACAGGAUGCGAUCGUCACCCGCAAAGAAUUCAUCCCUGUCCGACGCCCAGUAUAGGCAACCGGGCCAUCCAUCCUCUUAAGCAGGGGCGAUACCUUGCAUGAAUAACGAAGAGUCUGAUUUCCCAGAGAUACCCUAGUUUUAGCUUAGCCAAACAUUUCGGCAGUGCCGGUUGUAUGAUUAGAGAAUAUAGGUCGCCUCAGUUAAUGUAAUCGCUAAAACUACGCAUCGUAUAAGUCGCCUUUUCUAGUUUACUCUCUGCUUUUCUGUAAAAACGAC